UCGAAUUCUUAUUUUUAGAACGCUUGCCAAAUUCUCAUGGCCCGACUCAAGCCAGUCAUCAAGAAAAACCCGGAGGGAAAGUGGGAGGACUGGAUUGAAACAGCCUACAAGGAAUCCAUCAGCCUGUCCUCUACGGGGUACUUCAGAGACUACCAGACCUAUAUGGACUGGGAGAAGGGGGAAGGGGAGCCUUGGCCAUACUUUGUUUAUGGAGCAGUCUGUUCUGAGGUGGAAGUCGACUGUCUGACUGGGGCUCACAAGCUCCUCAGAACCGACAUCUUCAUGGACUCCGCUUGCAGCAUCAACCCGGCCCUGGACAUCGGGCAGGUUGAAGGAGCAUUUAUCCAAGGCAUGGGAUUAUAUACUAUAGAAGAACUGAAAUACUCCCCGGAAGGUGUGCUUUAUUCUCGGGGUCCUGAAGACUACAAAAUCCCCACUGUCACAGAAAUACCGCAAGAGUUCUAUGUUACUUUGGUGUGGUCCCGAAAUCCCAUAGCCAUCUACUCAUCCAAGGGAUUGGGUGAGGCUGGAAUGUUCAUGGGAAACUCCGUGUUAUUCGCCAUCUACGAUGCAGUGGCUGCUGCCCGCAGAGAGAGGGGGUUGGCCAACACCUUCCUCCUAAACAGCCCGGCGACGCCUGAGGAGAUUCGGAUGGCUUGUGUGGAUCAGUUCACCGACAUGAUUCCCAGAGAUGAUCCUUCAACAUUUACACCUUGGUCCAUCCGGGUGUCUUAAUCUUGUCUUUCCUUUAGGAAAUGAAAGAGUUUAUGAUUGCCCUUAAAACUCUCAAAUCAGAGCAAUAAAUGAGGUAUUUCCCAAAUAUCAAUGAUAAUUCUAGCUUUUUUAUUUCUUAAUCCUCACCCAAGGACAUGUUUUGUUGAUAUUUAGAGAGAAGGGGAACGGGUAUAGUGAAAGAGAGGAACAUCGGUGUGAGAAAGAAACAUGGAACAGUUUCCUCCCAUGUGUGCCCCAACUGGGAAUUGAACCCACUAUCUUUUUGUGUAUGGGACAACGCUUCAGCCAGCUUAGCCACCCAGUCAGGGCAAUUUUAGCAUUUUUUAAUCACUCUCUGUAGUUUUGGUCACUGCAUGAUCAUGUUUCAGGAUACAAAUUUUCACUAAAAGGUAUAAUAGAAAAUCAAAAUUCUUCUUUU